AAAUAAAUUUAUUUACUCAUAGUAGGUACGUUUCACUUCGUGGACGUGUUUGAAUAUUUUAAAGUAUUAUUAUUAUAUCUUAUAAGUUUCGUAACCUACGACUAUUAUUAAUAUAAUUGAAGAAGAGAUGACUUCCCUACCAAUCGUGUCUAUAACGAGAAGAGAAACUUUCAGUUCUUGCCAUCGAUUACACAGCCCUUUUUUAGGUGAUGAAGAGAAUAAAAAAUUAUAUGGAAAAUGUAACAAUCCUAAUGGACAUGGUCAUAAUUAUGUUGUACUUGUAACAGUAAAGGGUCCAGUAGACCCACAAACAGGAAUGGUGAUGAAUGUACAUGAUCUGAAACAAUACAUGAAAGAUGCAAUAAUGGAUCCACUUGAUCAUAAAAAUCUGGAUCAAGAUGUGCCAUACUUUAAAGCUGUUGUGAGUACUACUGAGAACUUGGCAAUUUUCAUUUGGGAUCAACUGCAAAAGUUAAUGCCAAAGCCACAAUUGCUACAUGAAGUAAAAAUUUUGGAGACUGAAAAGAACCAUGUUGUGUAUCGUGGAGGUACUACAUUUCCCCGCAAAAAGGUGGAUUCUUCUCACUUACAUCCAGGAAACCACAAUCAUGUGUCUUCUGAUUCGGACUAGUUAAGUUCACCCUAACUAAAAUGGUACAGGAACAAUAUAUGGUAUCAAAGAAUGACUCAAUUGGUUUCAAAUUAACAUAACUAUCUAAAUUAAAUUUUAUUCUAUAUAUAUAAUAUAUCUAAAUCUGUGAUGAAUUACUAUUAACAUGUAAUAUCCAUCACUUUUUACAUUCCAACCGAUGUUUGUGGUGUGGGAAUGUGAAUAGAAAAUAGAUUGAAUUUAUGAAUCUGAUUAUUUUUAUACUGCCAUUUUAAAAGGCCAUUCCAUUAUGACAUUAGCUUAAGAGUUGCUAGUUUACUACAAAAAUGUUUAUGCUCCACUACUUUGUAAUUUUAAAUAAUUAUGUUAUUCUAGCGCACAGUUUAUUUAACAAUUGGUACACCUUGCAUUUUUUUAAAAACUAUUCUUGGGAUGGUUGUUUUAAUAAGUUUUUAUAAUAAAUUGUUUUUUUCA